GGGGUGGGCGUCGAGCCCUGGGCGCUGUCCCUGGAGGAGGUGCUGAAGGCGUACGAGCAGCCCGUCAACGAGGAGCAGGCGUGGGCCGUGUGCUUCCAGUGCUGCCGCGGGCUGCGCGGCUCCGAGCAGCGCUGGGGGCCGGCCGGACGCAUCCGCGACCCCGCCGACAUCCUGCUGCACCGCGACGGCACCGUCUCGGCGCGCGGAGAGCACGGCGCCGCAGAACUCCCGUUGACCUUGACGCCCUCGGCUGAAGCCCAGAUGGUGCAGUCUUUGGGCUUCGCCAUCUACCGAGCGCUGGAUUGGGGCCUGGAUGAGAACGAGGAGCGAGAGCUGAGCCCCCAGCUGGAACACCUCAUCGACCUGAUGGCCAACAGUGACUCUGAAGACAGCGGCUGUGGCACGGCGGAUGAGGGCUACGAAGGGCAGGAGGAGGAGGAGGAGGGAGUGGACGGGGGUGCCCUGCGAGCGGUGCGCACCUUUCACCAAGCCAUGCGGCUCUGCGCGGCGCGCCUCACCCACCCCCAGGAGGCCCAAGCCCACUACCAGGCUGUCUGCAGAGCCCUCUUCUUAGAGACCGUCGAGCUGAAGGCUUUUCUGGCAAAGAUCCGCGAUGCCAAGGAGAUGCUGACAAAGCUGAAGGAGGAGGAAGAGGAGCGGCAGUCGGCAGCAGAUCUGGACAACCUGCAAAACACAGACUGGGCUCGGCUCUGGGUCCAGCUGAUGAGGGAGCUCCGGCAUGGGGUCAAGCUCAAGAAGGUCCAGGAGAAACAGUUCAACCCCCUCCCCACCGAGUACCAGCUGACCCCCUUUGAGAUGCUCAUGCAGGACAUCCGGGCGCGCAACUACAAGCUUCGCAAGGUCCUGGUGGACGGCGACAUUCCUCCCAGAGUGAAGAAGAACGCUCAUGAGCUCAUCCUGGACUUCAUUCGGUCCCGGCCUCCCCUGAGACAGGCGUCCGAACGGAGGCUGCGCCCGAUUCCCCAGAAGCAGAGGACGCUCCACGAGAAGAUCCUGGAGGAGAUCAAGCAGGAGAGGAAGCUUCGCCCUGUAGUGCCCCAGAAAGGCUUCGGCUCCCUGCCCUGCCUUCUGAACGCCUGCUCCAGCGACAGCAAGUCCACCUCCUGCAUCAACCUUUCUGUCUCCGACUCCAAAGCGCCACGCCAGAGGCCGAGGGUCUUGCUGAAGGCCCCCACACUGGCUGAGAUGGAGGAGAUGAACAUUUCAGAAGAGGAAGAUUCUCCCUGCACGGAAGCGAUGGAGGACACUGGCACCCUGAUGCCGCUGAAACGGGACCGCUCCUUCUCAGAGCAGGACUUAGUUCAGUUCCAGAGUGGCGGCAGCGGCGGCAGCAACCAGCCGGGCUUGGAGAGUUCCCUGGGAGGCAGCGGGUCUGAGCCAAGGCCCCGCUCAGGUUCCGUUCCCACCAGCUACCAUCAGGGCUCCUAUGGCAGUACCAGUCCCGCGCUUUCUGGCCAGGGCAUCCUCAGCGCUGUGGAGGAGAAGCCAGAAGCCAGCUGUGGCCCCACCCAGGAGGUCAACAUGAAACAUUUGUGGCUGCAGGAAUUCAGCCACCCAGUGGAGAGUCUGGCGCUCACAGUGGACGAGAUGAUCAACGUGCGCCGGGUGCUGGUGAAAGCGGAGAUGGAGAAGUUCCUGCACAGCAAGGAGCUCUACAGCAGCUUGAAGAAAGGGAAGAUCUGCUGUUGCUGCAGGACCAAGUUUGCUCUCUUCUCCUGGCCCCCCACCUGCCUCUUCUGCAAAAGGUCCGUCUGCAGCUCCUGCAGCCUGAAGAUUAAGAUGCCUUCGAAGAAGCUUGCCCACAUCCCCGUCUUUGCCUUGGGCUUUGAGACCUUGCCGGGCUCCUUGGGGCCCAAGGCGCCCCCGUACCGGAGGAGAGAGGCAUUCCGCUCCUUGCAGGCCACACGUUGGCGCAGCGUGGAGGAGGAGUUCCCCAUCAUCUACGCGCACGGCUCCGUGCUCAAGGACGUGUGCAGCGACUGCUCCGGCUUUGUCACCGACGUGGUCAGCUCCAGCCGCAAGAGCAUGGACAUCCUGAACAGAACGCCGGGCCGGAGCCGCAAGACUCAGUCCCUCUACAUCCCGUCCAGCUAGACGGCUCGGCUCUCGAAACACGCACUCCACCACUCUGC